UCCUUCGCCAACGAUGAGAAAACCGAAAGAAAAAAGUAGGAGAAAAUCAGAAUCCAUCGUUCUUCUCAGUUCUCCCACUUCUCACUGUCUCUCCUCCUUCCACAGUACCAAUACUUCGCUACUGCUACUGCUACUGCUACUGCUACGGCUACGGCUAGUAUUACUGAUACUCUAAAAAGAUUCUUUUACAGUUUUUUUUUUUUUUUCCUAUAUAGUUUCAACAGAGCCCAGCCCAUGCUGUUUCUAUGUUCCACCAUCCAAUCCCACCACCGACCUCUUGGCCCAUCAUCCCCACCUCUUCUAUUCUAGGGUUUCGUUUUUAUGUUUUUUCCUUUCUUUUCACUUUUAUUUAUUUAUUUUUGUAAUUUCUUUUAUCAUUGAUUUUUUAGGGUUUAUUCCCUCCAUUACUGUGCUGUCCGAUCAUUUCCUUCUCAUUUAAGCUUAGCCCCGUGUUCUGUUUCUUGGAUUCUUUAAAAAGUUCUAUAUGGAUUCUUAGGAUAUCUCGUCGUCAACAUCUAGGGUUUUUCUAGGGUUUUUCCUUUGAUAUGCGGCUUCGCGUUUCCUGGGUCGACUGUAGUAUCACUUAAAUAUAUCGUCUUUUACUCUCGGUCUCUUUUUUCUCUGUGAAUUUGAAGUGGUGCUCUCUCUCUCUCUCUCUCUCUCUCUGAGUUGAAAAUCUUCAUUCAUGGCGUACCAGCCGAUUACGGGUCCUACUUCGGGUUCCGGCUUUCAGUUCAUGAACUCCCCUUUUGGUGAUACGACCUUCACCAAGGUCUUUGUUGGGGGACUUGCCUGGGAGACACAGAGCGAAACUAUGCGGCGGUAUUUCGAGCAGUUCGGUGAGAUUCUAGAGGCCGUCGUGAUCACUGAUAAGAAUACUGGUCGAUCAAAAGGCUAUGGUUUUGUGACUUUUCGUGAACCCGAGGCUGCUAGGAGAGCCUGCAUUGAUCCGACUCCAAUUAUUGAUGGCAGGCGGGCAAAUUGUAAUUUGGCUUCACUCGGGCGGCCUCGGUCUUCUAUGCCUUAUGGACGUUUGAGACCAGCAACUCCAUAUUCUGGAAGUGUGCAAGUUGCCCGGGGAGCUUAUGUUGGAAAUUUUGGCUACCAGCAUCCACUUUCUUAUAGCUACCAACAUGGAUUGAUGUAUCCUUCAUAUGGGUAUCAAACAUAUGGACCUGAAUACGUCUACCCACAGGGUGUUUACAACCCUUAUGCUGGUCAGCAUUACCUUCAGAUAUAUGGAGUACCUGGGACGGUUAACACUGCUGUUUAUCCUUAUGGACAAUUGGGUCAAACUCUUCCCGGUGGUCAUGGUUAUACGGCAGUGCCCAGUUAUCCUGUACCGGGUGCUCAGGUAGUACAGUUUGGUGGACCAAGUGUUAGUGCAAUGGCAACUUCGCCUAUGCCUACAAUUCAGUCACCAUAUCCCACAGGUAUGGCAGCACCUGUUGCACCACAACCACAAUUUAUGGUUCCUGCUCCUUCUCCUCAGUACAUGCAAGGUAGCGGUUCUGACCAAACGGCUGGGUGAGGAUUGAUCAAGGUAUCCUUAGAUUGCAGCAGGACUAAGAGCAGCGGAACUGCUACUUGAGUGGCGGGCUUCGGAUCUAGCCUUGCAAAUUAUAUAUUUUGCAUUCUAGAGGUUAUACGUAGUCAUGCUCACCAGAGAAAUCAUUUGUCUUGAGUCGCUCCAGAUGGUGGAGAAUGGGGGGAUGUGGAAGAUGCGGACUGCUCUUCCUUUGGGAUCUUUACCCUAGUGUACUUAAAACCUGGUAUAGCCUCUGCUCGGGAUGAGUAGCAGGCAAUCAUGGAUUGAUGGGUUCUGGAAUCGGUUUCUAGCAGCCAUGUAGGAAUAAACCUGUGUAAAAAUCUUCACUUAGAAUCAACAUAUGAUUCUUUUGUAGUC